AUGCCUCUGGUCGAAGUCCUAGGCACAUCCCGCUCCCACACAACUCCAGGAUGGGCGUACGUCCCCGAAACCGCCCUCCAAAAAUCCUCCUCCACCUUGACCACAAGCCGCAAACGCGGUAUUCGAGAACCGGGCCGUACGGGCACAGAUUUGACAUCUAGACAAAACCACGCUAUAAUCCGGCACUUGGCAGAACUCGAUCGCGAAAACCAUCGCGAUAAUGUGCAUAUCCCGGUCCCCCUAAGGAAAGAUGCGAUUCAGAGGGAUAAUGGGCGAAGCGCAAGGGCGAAGACGACGAGUAAUGUGAGGAGGAUUAUGCAGAGUCAGAAGACAUUUAAGAAUUAUUUGGAUGAUGAGGAGGCUGCGUUGGCUCAUGCUGUUUCUACGGGUGGUGGUGUUGCGGCGGCGCCUACUGCUGCCGCUGCUGCUGUUGUAGGAGUGUCGAAGGUGGCAAAGGUUGCUGCAAGAAGGAGUUUGACGCCUGCUGCUGCUGUUGCGGCUGCAUCGACUACGACACAAGAUGUGUUGACUGAACGGCAAAAGCGUGCGUUGGCAAGGAAGCCUACCGCCAAUACUACCAGCGUCGCUACACCAAACAAAAAGAAGCGAAAAAGCGAACCAACAACCAACCAAGAACCUCAGGACGGCGGCGAAGCAAUGGAUCUCGACAAACCUGACCAACCCCAACCGGGCCUCCUCAAGACGCCCCACGACAACGACCACCUCCUAAAAUCCUACAUCCCCUUACCACCAUCCGAUCGCCUCAUGGCCGCGCUGCUUGCGGAACCGCCAUUACGAUACCACGCAGCUCGCGCGGCGCCGCCGGCAUCGGCAAAACCGGCGCGACGUUUUUGUACGAUUUGCGGGUAUUGGGGGAAGAUCAAGUGUAAGAAUUGUGGGGUGAGGACUUGUGGGUUGGAGUGUUAUAAGGUUCAUGAGGAUUCGAGGUGUGGUGCUUUUUUCUAG